AUGAAGUGCGUGAAAUCAAUUUGCAGCAUGUUACUGGAUGGAUUAGAAUUGAUGGGUUUUGACUUCUGACCUUCAAUCACUCAUUCAAUUUGAGUUGGGAAUUUUGACUUCAAUCCGCCAUACAAAUAAGAUAUCUACAAGAUAAAGAUGAUGCUGAUUAGCUGGAAUGCUAACCCCUGGUCAAAGUCAACUCCAAUAUAUCUAAUCUCUAAAUCUAAAUCUAAAUCUUUGCAGAUAUUCAAAAACUAAAUACACCAAAAAAAAUCAACUACAAAUAUGUACUGAUUUAUUUCAGAAAAAGAAUAACAGUCACAUUAUUCCUUAAGGACAAAUGGCCCCUUCAACUCUCUCAAUCAUCAUAUUAUCCUCAUUCCUCUUGUUUUCUCUUUCAAAUGCCCAAACAAAGCCCCAAGCAUUCACUUUCCCAAUCAAGAAAGAUGCCACAACCAAACAAUACUACACCACCAUUCAAGUAGGCUCAAACAGCACCACUCUCGACACUGUCGUCGACCUCGGCGGCAAAUUCCUCUACUUCUACUCCGACGAGUACUUGAACGCGGCUUCAUCGUACCGCCCGAUCCUAUGCGGGACCCGGCAAUGCGAGAUCGCAAACGGCGUCGGAUGCAUCUUCUGCUUCCUAAAGCCUCCCCAGCCAGGUUGCACCAACAACACGUGCUCCGACUAUGCCCUCAACCCCUUCAGCGGGACACAGGGCUACAGCGGCCUCGGCCAGGACGUCCUCCGCGUGCGCUCCACGCGGGGUGCCCUGUACCCGCUGAACAACUUCCCGUUCCAGUUCUCUGAUCCCGUCUUACGGGAGGAACUGGCUGGUCCGGCCGCUGGCCUGAUCGGUCUCGGCCGGACCAGGGUCUCCCUCCAGGCGCAGCUCGCGUCUGCUUUCAAGAUCCGCGAGAAGUUCGCGCUCUGCCUCCCGUCGUCUGCAGGCAGCGACGGGAACUUGAUCAUCGGAGACACGGCUUACGUCAGUCCGUUCGAAGAAAUCUCCAAGAAUUCAUUUUUCACCACGCCACUCGUGAAGAAUCCCGUGAGCACCGACAUGAACGAGGUGAUAGGCAAUUUCACAGCGGAGUACUUCAUCGACGUCAAGUCCAUUAAAGUCGGGUCCAAGACACUCUCGUUGAACAAAACGCUGCUCUCGAUCAACAAGAAAGACGGAAGCGGCGGCACGAGCAUUCGUACGGUGAGGCCUUACACCGGUCUGAGCAGAUCGAUUUACAGGGCUUUGGUCAACGAAUUCGUGAAGGCUGCCGCCUCGCAGAAUAUCAAGAGAGUGGCGGCUGUGGCUCCUUUCGGGGCGUGCUUCGACUCGAAGACGGUUACGACAUCGAAGACGGGGCCCAAUGUGCCGAUUAUCGACUUUGUCCUGCAGAACAAGGAUGUGUACUGGAGGUUUUACGGCGCAAGCUCGAUGGUUUUAGUGAGCGCUGACGUCAUCUGCCUUGCAUUUGUGGAAGGACAAAUAAAUUUGACGGGACCAACAACCUCGAUAGUUGUCGGAGGGUACCAACUGGAGAAUCAUCUGCUUGAGUUCGAUGUGAAAUCUUCGAAGCUCAGUUUUAGCCCUUCAUUGUUGCUCAUUAACACAAGCUGUUCAAAGUUCGGAGCUUCCUAGGUUGUGUAACGGUCAACUUUGAAUUUCGAGUUUUUAUGAUUGAAAUGAAAUAAAAGAAUGACAGUCCCAUGUAUUUGUGAAGUGAAAGGCUUCCUCUGGAUGAGCUUCCUCACUUUGAUUAUUUAUUAUAUUGGAAUGAAAUAAUGUAUUUAUUAUGUUUU